CGACAGGGUUACUUCAGCCCUCUCCAUCUGCUUUCUCUCCCUGUACCCAGUACUGUCUGUUGACACCAAGACUACCCUCAAUGAGGGUGGCUAGCUUAUCCUCAAGCGUCAUCCGUCCAGCCCCAGUCGACAGUCAUUGUUGUUGUUGUUGUUGUUGAGCUGGGCCGUCACCUCCAGCCUACGCCUCGACUUGUUAUAACGAACGUUAUAUCCACCACGUACGCCUCCACAACCUCCCAUCCUGUCCUUCUCUCCUCCUCUCCUGUUUUCUUACUUGCCCAACUCCCCCAUCCCCAGUCAUCGUACUCUCAUUUUAUGACUUUGAUUGUUACAAGUAUUGUUUCUUUCUUGCAUGCCCCGCAGCCUGGUUCUUUUUUGCACCAUCCUCUGAUGUCUACUUAAACACAUGCAUACACUCCUGUAACUCGCGGCAUAUGUGAUGAUGCUCACCAUCAAGCAGCAAUCGACGACAUACGGCUACAAGUCCGUCCAUGAUUUGCCAACUCCGCCUUCCACUUCCCGGCCCUCUCCUCCCUUGAACUAUCAAGAUCCAUCCUACAAACCGUACCUUGUCUCUCAGAACAGCCCGGUGCAGCCCAUGUCUACUUCCCAUCGUGGCCUGCCUCCUCCGGCGGCCAUGACUCUACCUCCACAGCAGCCUCCUUCCGUUGGCCCUCCGCCGUCACAUCACGCUCAACCACCACCUCCUCUACCGCUGUCACAGCCCUCUCACCAGGCACAACAACCAUGGCCUUCGCCUUCGGCGGGCCUGCCUCCGCCACCACAGCAAUGGCAAGGAGCUGAGGAGUCUAUGCGGACCUGGCUCCAGGCCAAGACAGAGGAGGAGAAAACGAGGCAAGAAGAGGAGAGGACUAGGCAAGAGACUCUACGUCUAGAACAGAGAAAAAUCGAAAUGGAUAUUUUGCGAGCCUCUCUUGGCGGCGGCAUCCCACCUCCCAUGGUUCCUCUGGUCUUUGCUGGUAUGGGAAGCGGAGGUACUCUUCCCCAGGCCGCCCUUGAAUGGGCACAGCAGUUCAUGGCUCCGGCUCAAGGGCAUCAUCCCCAGCUACUUCCGCCCCAGCGACCGCACUCGCCAGACCAUUCGAGGGAGCCUGUAGGACACGGCAUGGUGUACGCUACUUCUCCAGCACAGGUGACUUCAGCUCAAGGCCCCGGUGGGUAUGGGCCGUAUCCAGGAUCGCCAACGAGGCCAAGAGGCCAGACUAUCUCUGGCGCAAUGGGCCGACCAAUUGGAAUGGCAUCAAACAUGGUGGGCGUCGCCAACCCUCCCCACCCCCCGGGGCAAGGACCUCCUCCUGUGAUGCCGCCUUACCAAGGACACGCGCAUACACAGUCACAGUCAUCCCAGCAUGACACGAGCCCAUCGAUCUAUUUCCACCACUGGCAGCCACCGGCGACGCAGAGCGGCAGCAGCUCGAACCGGCCCGGAACACCGUCUGGUUCGUCAAAAUUCAAGAGAAAGCGAGACUCCCUUUAAGCUAACCUGGGUUUGUGCCGCUGUAACAGGGGAGGCUCAGAAGAAGCGAAAGACAACGGGAGGAGCUUCUCAACAGGUAACCAGAGCUCCGAGCGAAGACCGAUAUCGAUCCCCGC